ACAAAACACAAAACACGUAGAUUAUCGAAACAACUACCCAACAAGAUCUCAAGAUCCGACUUGUGUAGGGAAGAAGAAAGAUUCCAUUUCUUAUUCGUAUGUAUGAUCCAAACAGAAUUAAGUUCCCAUCAAUCUGAAUCCAAUUCUGGCACUUUCAUAACCCUUUUGAUUUUGUUAUCUACUUACUUGACGACUUCUUAUUAUUGAUUCAUCGAUUAUAUACGAAGAGUUUAUCAGUUCCGAAUUGGAAUUGGAAUUGGUUGGGUUGAUCAUAUUGAUAUAAAUGUCGAAUUCACCGAAAAGGGGAGUAGGAGCAAUUGGUUCUUGGCUUCACAACAAGGUUGUUGAUCCUUUCAUACAAAUUCUUAGCAGGGGAGCAGAGCCUAAGCAACUUGCAUUCUCCACGGCACUCGGGAUUUCGUUAGGAUUGUUCCCAAUUGUUGGGGUGACGGUGUUCCUCUGUGGGAUGGCAAUAGCAGUGCUCGGGUCAUCUGUAAACGCUCCAACUGUUAUGCUGGCAAAUUUUGUUGCCACUCCGUUAGAGCUGAGUCUGAUGGUGGUGUUCUUACGGUUUGGUGAGUUUGUUACUGGUGGAGCUCAUUUUCCUUUGACAACUGAUGCUUUAAAGAAGGUAUUAACUGGUGAAGCUUCAACAGAAAUCUUUCGAAGCAUCUUUAACGCGUUGUUGGGGUGGUUAGUUUUAGCACCCUUAAUCAUGGGGGCACUCUACAUCAUACUUUUGCCCGGUUUUGUGAUCCUCGUACAUAAGUUCAAGUUCAGCACAGGUUCGAGCCCAAAGCUAGCCACAUCAUCAAGCACAGAAUUAAGGCUUAAGGUUGUUGAACAUAAAGGUGAAGAAGAUAUGUUAUGUAACCAAAGCCUGGACAGUUUUUAAGACCCUUGAAUUAUCAGUUUUGUUCUUUCAUAGUCUAAACUAUAUAAUAGUUAUAAACUGUUUAAACUUUGUAAAUAUGUAAUGCAAAUGGAUUAUAUUGUUGAAUGUUCAAAAGUUUCAAUGGGU